UGCUAGGAGACGUGCUUGUGUGACCCCUGCCUCGCGAGGGCGGCUCGAUGUCGUCGCCCCUGGCCUCGAGAACUUGCCUUGGGAAGUGGCCCGAAGGCCAGGAAGGGAAGGCCUGGUUUGGAGACUCUGAGAUGCCGAUUUGGGGCCCAUCUCAAACUUUGCUGAAUCGCUUGGAUCCCCGAAUAUAAAUAGGAGAUUAACAGGGGCUAUUCUGGGGCGAGAGGCGUCAAGCUAGGGAAGGUUGACCCAAACGAGGGCCCGUACAAGCUACGGAGACUUUCUAGGAUAGUGAGAACUAGCUUCUUAUUGCCUCGAUUUACAAAUGAGAGCGAGAACGGAGGCCUUGCUCGGUGACGUCGAGUCCGGAAGAAAGUUAAAAUGUAAAGUUAAAGUUAAAAUGUAAAUCAGGAAGGAAGAUAUCCGCAAGUAAGACAAUAGUACCGGAUGAAGUGGUAGAAGAUGGGGGGAGGGCCACUCUAAAAUGGGGUAGAGCUCUUCAGAGAAGGCCGGGUUUCACAGAGAUUUGAGAAAAGAAAGAAGCUAGGGAAUGGACUGUCUAGGUGGAGAAAAGAGCCAACGGACAGGGUUCUGAGGAAGGAAACGGCGAGAAAGCCAGGUUGCUGGAGCAGAAAAAACAAGGGCCAGAGUGGUCUUUGAUGGAGAAAUGGCAGGGCCUGAACAAGCACAGCAUUUUAGCCCAAGCAUUUGUGGAACACCAAUUACAGACCUGGGUAGGUGCCAAGAAUUGAGCAGUAAAUAAGAUGGAUGUCGUAACUGUCCCCAUAAACGUAAGGAUCAAUUGGGAGAAGACAGGCACUAACAAACCAUAAUUACUUGAAUGGUAAGUACCACAAAGAAGAAAUUCAAGAAUCCAUGGGAAGGUUCAACAGACCUGACCCAGUGCAUGUGGUGACAGGAGGGAGAAGGAUUCUCUGAGGUGUCCAGGUUUUCACUGGGAAUUGAAGGAUGAGUAGGGGUUGGUCAGGUAAAAGAGGGUCAGGAAAGAGCCUUCUAGAAAGAGGGAACAGCAUGCGUGUAUACCCCUACCUACAGUAAGAAAAAUGUGAUUCCCUCAAAGAACCGAAAGAAAUCCAGUAAGAAAACAACAAAGGAGGCAUUUUUCUUUUCUUGCCUAUUCUCUGAAGAUUGGGAAGCGUUAAGCUAGACUUGCUAAUAGUGCACAAUGGAGAAUACAGCUUUAGACCCUUCUCCGGAAAUCUUUCAGACUUGGGUUUUCUGGGUCACCUGAUGGUGGAGAGGGAGAUAUCAAUCUCCCUUUCAGGAUUAGUUUUCAAAACACUGUAUAUGUUAAUUAAAGUGUUUUGAAAAUAGACCUAUUAAGUACUGAUUGUUGGUACUGCCUAUGACCUUGAGUACCCUAAUUGCAGGGCUUGUGUAUCCCAUUAUGGUAUAUGACCAGUUACAGUUUGAAGUUGUGGCUUUUUCGAAUAGUAGAAAAAAAACAAAGGCUUUGGAGAAGGUUGCUACUGCUUUAAUAUGCCAUACCUCCGUCACUUUCCUCAAGUGUCAUGCAGUCAGAGACGUUUCAUCUGUUAAGGAAGUGAAGCAAUCAUUAAUCGUAGUUACAGACUCUAUGCCCCUCACAGGAACUGACUCACGUAUUUUCAUAUGAAACCAUGGAGUUUUAGGGAGAACCAGAAACUCAGAAACCUGUUUCCUUACCAGGAAAAGUCAUCAUCUCAUGGGUUUUUAUUACGAUUAGCCACAAAGAAUGAUGUUCUCUCCUGGUUUUUAUGAAUUUCUUCUAAGCAUUUUUUUCUGUGAGGUAUCCAUGGACAUCAGAAUUGGUGUUGAUUAUAACUUUCAUCUUAACUUUGAAUUGGGUGAAGCAGUGCUUUCAACCUUUUCAGCAAGUGAUUAAGCCUUGGUUCAUUACUCAUUGCUUAAGAAAGGUCACCAGGGUCAGGGGGCAGGGAGGCAAUCCUAUUCAAAAGAAAUUCUAAGGUAAAUUCCUUGCAGGUACUUAGAACUUCUAGAUGAACUCGCUCUUCCCAGCUCCCAUCUGCAUUUAGCUGCCCAAGUCCUCAGGAGCUCAGGACCACCCUAAAGCAUACAGUCUCCGUAUGUUACACCUCCACCUUGAGUUGGAAAUGGGUCCUCUUCCCAAAGGGCAGUGAGCAGCCUACUUCCCCAUCCUGAUGAGCCUGUUUGAGGAAAGCCCAGUACUCAUGAGGUGUUCCAGUGCCUGGCCCUGCUACUCACCAGAUGUGUUCUCGUCUUCCCAGCCUACCCUUUUGUUAAAGACAGUACGAUAUAUUCAUUCUCUAAAAUGUGACUAAUCAGAAUCCUCUAGUUUUGAGACUUCUUUUUUCUGUCUUCCCUGAAUUUCUUUUAGAUAUAGUAGUAAAUAGUAAAGACAUAGUCUGAAGUUUUUGCAUAAGUAAAAAGAGAAAGAAAAAGGAAAACACCUAAUGUCCCAUUAUUAGAACAUUAGCAGGAGAAGAGACAAUAUACUGGGACUGAAUUGCAGUAUUGAGAAUAUAUGAGCUAGGGUUACAUGUAACAACAUCGGUGAAUCAUACCAACAUGAGCAAAAAAAGCAAGUUGCAGAAGGACAUAAUACCUUUUACAUAGAGAGUUGACCCUUAAACAACAUGGGUUUGAAUUAUGCAGGUCCACUUAGACACAGAUUUCUUUUGCAAAUACAGAACAGUACUAUAAAUGUAUUUUCUUUUCCUCAUGAUUUUCUUAACAUUUUCCUUUCUCUAGCAUAUUUCAUUGUAAGAAUAUAGUAUAUGAUACAUAUACAUACAUAUGUGUUCAUUGACUGCUUAUGUUCUCAGUAAGGCUUCAUGUCAACAGUAGGCUAUUAGUAAAGUUUUGGGGAGUCAAAAGUUAUUGUAGAUUUUUGACUACGUGGAGGUCAGUGCUCCUAUGCCCCAUAUUGUUCAAGGGUCAGCUGUAUAAGGUUUGUAAACUUGCUAAGCAAUACUAUAGAAUGUUAAGUGUAAAGAUAUGUGUGAGAAGAUUAAUAACAAGUUCAGGACAGUGGUUCCUUCUAGUACAGAGGAAGGGAAAUUUGACUGGAAGUGAUACAGUAGGGGUAUAUAUAUAUAAUUUAUUUAAGAUCCAUUGUGAAUAUAUGGCUGUUUAAUUAUAUUCUCUAUAUCUUUUUGUAUAUCUGAAAUAUUUCAUAAUAAAAAUAAAAAUGACAGGAAUUUAAUUUUUUUUAAUGCAUAUGGGGUGUCUGGAUGCCUCAGUUGGUCAGACAUCUGACUUCAGCUCAGGUCAUGAUCUCAUGGUCUAUGGGUCACGUUGGGCUCUGUGCUGACAGCUCAGAGCCUGGAGCCUCCUUCAGAUUCUGUAUCUCUGUCUCUGCCUCUCUCUCUCUCUCUCUCUCUCUCUCUCUCAAUGAAUGAAUGAAUGAAUGAAUGAAUGCAUUUAGCUUUGGGAAUAUACUUAGGUUGGGACUCACUUAGCCAAGUUUCCUGAAAUUAAAACUGAUGUUUCAGAGUAAAAACCCAAAGAGGCCACAAGCUCUUUAGUCAUCAUCAGCAAGAUCUUCCAUUAUACUUACUGUAUGGUUCUCACAUGGACAAGGAAGCAGACCAACAAUUUUGAGAAAUAUUUUCAACAAGGUUAUGAUGAACUAAAAGAGAGGUUGCAACCUGCCAGCCUCUGGGUAGAAUUGAGCCUGCAGACUCAAUGUGUUUGGCUUUCAUGAUACUCACACUUUCGAAAAGAAUGAAUUAGUGUCUUGAGAUUUCACAUUUAAAAAAUAUGGAUUGCUACCUACUGUUAAACUAUCAGGAAAUCUGGCAUUCCUAGGCCCUCAUUUCUCCAUGGCAGUAGCUGCCUGAUCCUGAGUAGCAACUGUCCCUUUUGGGGGGGCGGGGGGAUGUCCUCUCCUGGCCAUUGUCUCUACCUAGCCAGGUUCCCUCAUUUUGUUACCUGCCAGACCCUGGAUGUGCUUGAAUUUGAGAUCCCUGCAUUAAACUCAAGUUACUUAACUAGAAAUUUUGGUUAUUUGGCACCUGGGUGGCUCGGUUGAGCAUCUGACUCUUGAUUUCGGCUCAGGUCAUGAUCUCACAGUUUAUGGGUUUUAGCCCCACGUCAGGCUCCAUGCUGUCAAGACAGAGUGUGCUUGGGAUUCUCUCUCCCUCUAUCUUUUCCCCUUUUCUGCUCAUGCUCGCACAUGCGCGCUCUUAGAAUAAAUAAACUUAAAAAAAAUUAGUUAUUCAAAAUGUGCCUUUUCCAGGCACUCUGGUAAGUACUGCAAUCUUAUAAAAAUACACACUAAAAGCAUCAUUCCCAAGAUAUUCUGGUAAAGAAUUUACUGCUUUAAAGUAUAGUAAAUUUGAAUUUGGUUUGCCAUGUUUGUAAAAAUGGCCAUCAUAGCAAACAUGAACUCUGAACCAUGGGGGGGAUAUACCAGCACGGCUGAGAGAGAUCUGGUGUUCCUAUAGCACAUUCUGGCAAUGCUACCAAACAGAUCUGUUGAGAAAGAGCAAUUAUUUCCAGACUAAUUAAAAAGCUUGAUUAAAAAAAAUGUACAUCUGCCUAGCUGCCUACUGUCAAAUUGAAUUUUCAUGCAAAUUUCCCCUCUUCUAUUUUGGUGGGUCUGAGGAUGACAACAGCAACACGACAAGAAGUUCUUGGCCUCUACCGCAGAAUUUUCAGGCUUGUGAGGAAAUGGCAGGCGGCAUCAGGGCAGAUGGAAGACACCAUUAAAGAAAAACAGUACAUAUUAAAUGAAGCCAGAACGCUGUUCCAGAAAAACAAAAAUCUCACAGACACAGACCUGAUUAAACAGUGUAUAGAUGAAUGCACAGCAAGGAUUGAAAUUGGACUGCAUUACCAGAUUCCUUAUCCACGGCCAAUUCAUCUGCCUCCAAUGGGCCUCACCCCACUACGAGGCCGGGGACUUCGAAGCCAGGAAAAACUGAGGAAACUUUCCAAACCAGUAUAUCUCAAGUCUCAUGAUGAGAUUUCCUAACCCAGAAGAAAAUUUAUUUCUCAGAAUGAUGAGCCGACUAGAUCUUGAAUGUAAACCAGAUGAUGAAACCCUUCUCUUCGAUUAGGGGUAAAAAUUUAAAUAUCUUCUUAAAAACCUCCAAAAUAUUGGUAUUCACCCCAAGAUCUGUGCUCACUCAUCCUGACACUUCAUCAGGGUCUUGUUGCCUAAAGUGGAUGACACUAACCCUAGAGGUCAUGGACCUUAUAUACCCUCACUGAAGCAUCUUUGGAAACAAGGCCAAGGCCUGUAGAAGGAAGAUAAGGAUGACAAAGAUUUUCAUGGAAAUGUCAUUUGCCAGUCAUGUCAGCUGAUAGGAAGAAAUCAGCCAGCUGCUGAAAGUCUUCAUAGCUACCAUAAAACUCUACACUGCCUUCAGAAUAUUUUUUGGCUUCUUUCUCCUGAAUUUUUGCUUAAAAAACAAAGGUUUGCUUAAAAGUGGGCUUCUUUGUAUAUGUUUUGCUGUCUUUUGACCAUCCCAGUUUCCAGAUAAACUACCCUUAAAAAGUGCAUCAUUGGAUUUAUCGUGGUUUUUCAUGGAAAUUUUACAUGACACCCUGCCCCUGACAUAUACAUACGUAAAAGUACUUGUCUUAGGUAAAUGCGUAUGUUUACUUUAUCUUAAAGCCUGUGAUUACUUAGGAUCCACUUAGGAUUUGAAAGGCUUACUUGAAACUCAUACUGCAUUCAUUAUGAAUAUUUUAUCUUAACAUAAUUAGGAAGUACAAGGGCCAAGCUGGUUUUCAAAUUAUGUCUAAACAGCAAUGGCACAAAGAGAACUCAAAACACAAAGGAUUUAUACUCCUGCAUGUGUGGAAUCCCAUGGCAAGUCACACACACCUUGUUAACAUUCCUUCUGACCUCCAAAGACAAUGAGCAUCACCAAUAAAAACAAAUUUUUAUCGA